AUGGUCCAAUAUCCGAAUCCUCCAAGUCCUGUUGCCAACUUCAUACUGGAUGUUUUGCCUGAUCCUCCUCAGGAUUACAAGUUCCUUGGAGAGACAUCUGAAAGUAUAAUCCGCACUCGUAGACUGCGGAAGACAGACAUUACGAAGCUAGUUGAAUUUCAUUUCUGGGGAAUCGACCAUGGAUUUCCAACGCGAGUCACCAAUCCGGUUAUGCUCAAAGGUCUUUGGAAGUUAUUUUACUACCACGCAAACCAACACCGACCAGCGACAUUCAGCGAACUCCUAGACUUCACCCGAGAUGCUGGUCCUCGACUCCUCGAUUGGAAGCAUUUUCGGUUCAAUGAAAUUCUGCCUGUUAGUCGGUUUUACCCUGAUCUUCCGGACAUACUCAAGAAUCUCGAACCUGGCUAUAUCAGGCCCAGCCACGCCAAGUCAGAGUGGCCGGAUUUAUACCUAGAACAGUUUCUCUUCUCGUCCGCGGUAAAACCAACCCCGGCGGUCAACAACAACAACAACAACGAUGCGGGACUCACCGGCAUCGCUACUGCGAUGAAUUUUGUCAACUUUCCCAAUCUGCCUGAAGACGUCGCUAGGGAAGUGAUUGAGGCGGUAGAGCGAACUGUCAUGCGGUUCGCAUACAAGGAUCUUGAGCGUCAUCCCAGGUCUGCGCCGAUGCAUGCUCCUCGCCACAUAAUCGCCACAAGUGCGGCCGAUAUAUUCAAGGCAACAAUCGGGUCAUUCCCGGCGGCUUCUCAUGUACGACUCACCCCGGAAGCGUUCUAUGCCAGGAUGCGUCUGGACUCAGAUGGCCAGUACUACCCCAUUAGAGGCCGGGGCCCGGUUUUACAGGGUAAUUCCUCUGCAGUGGACUGCCUGAUCACGGCAGGCAAACUUCUAGACGCUGGGUCAACAAAUAUUGACCGGGAAGAUCCUGGAUGGGAAAUGAAACUUCACCCAGUCGAGCAAUCUUUUAUUGAGCUUACCGAUGUAAACUGGGAUUUGUGUAGCGCGGAAUCUGGAUACCAAUUGAAACACCAAUUUCGAACCUUGUUGGCUGCUGCCGUCCCUGGAUUUUCCGAGAACGCCCAUUAUGCCGCAAGAUUCAUUUGGGGCGCGGUUAGUGAAAACCUCCAGCAAUUUAGGAUUUCUUUCGAAGAACAGGUUAGCCCUUGCCAAUGUACCAUUGGCGCUGAUACUACUGGGUAUUUCAAUACCUACUUUGUCCAACCUUCAUUCCGAGACACGGACCAACACGGGGUAACCAUGCAAGACUUACUUGAGCGUGCCUUCGAGGAUCGGCAGUCCAGGGACUGUUCUUUAUGUGGCCAGCACAACGGCACACAUUUUCGGCGGUACUUCUCGGAGGUUCCCUUGCGAAUGGUGGUGAAGCUCCAUGACAGUGUCUCUAUCUGGAACCACACCAAUGAUGUUACCUUUAAAUAUCGAAAUACCGACCUUGUGGAUAAGACUGUAACCUAUCGCUGGCUGGGUGGUAUUUACCGUGGCGACAACAAUGAACAUCGCCUCUUUUGGACCGACACCGAGCGGGGAGAGGAGGAACGACGAACGAUUCGUAUGUACGAGCCGGCGAAUAUGGGACUCAUUGUGGGAGGUAUUCCACCGGCCAGUCAAAAUGACCGAGUGCCUGACGAUUGGUGGGUGAACAGGUCGAUCCCUCUCUUGAUAUACGAACGAGUGACGAAUCCAUCCUCGGACAUUAUCGGCAUGGCCCUGCAAGCAGUGGGCCAGAUGAAGAAGCUAGAUGAAGAACAUAAAUUAAUCCUAAGGCAGCAU